AUGAAUGUGUUAGCCCCCAACGUGGUACAGCAACUGUCACUAUCUUUCUCAAAAUCGUUUUCAUGUUUUGAAUGGCAGAACAAGAGCAAGAAUGGGCUAUUCCUCACAGUGACAGUAGCAAAACCACCUUCUCGGUCAACUGUGAUCCGGAUGGGUGGAGGGCCAAGGACAUUCCCAGGUGGGGUGUCCAAGUGGCAGUGGAAGAGAAUGCAGGCCAAGAAGGCCAAGCAGCUCAUGAAAGCACGGCUAUGCCGGGAGCGGCAGAUAUAUGAAAUGAGGAAGAGGGCUGAACUUAAGGCUGCCGUGUCUGAGCUGGAGAAGCCUUGGGAGGUGGUUGAGAAGCCCCCCAUGUUGUUCUCUAUCAAAGCUGAUGAGCAGCUCAAGGUUUUGGCUGAUAGGUUUCAGAAGCCUGGUGGGUUUGACCUUUGGACUGAAAAUGAUGGACCACAGUUGUUUCAAACCCCUGACGAGUUGCCUUCUGCGAGGUUCUUUCCUAAAGGGGUUGUUCAUAGUAUCAAGCCUUAUAUGAAGGUUACUAGUGAUGACUUGUUGGAGGAACCAGAUGUUCUGGAAGAUGAUGGUGGGGAAGGGUAUUGGUUAGAGAAUGUCGCUGAUGAUGAAGGUGAUUCUUCUUCUCCUUCGAAUUAUGGGGACAAUGGAAUGAAUGUGGGUGUCCAAUUUAGAAAUAAUGGAAAUGGAAGGAGGUAUUUGUCAGAGAGUGUUGAUCGGUCUAACGAUGGGGAGCGUUAUUCUCAUUUGAGUAGUGGGAGAAAUGAAUUGAAUGGUCGUGGUGGAUUGAGAAAGAAUCGGAAUGGGAGGAGGUAUUUGUCGGAGGAUGUUGAUCAGUCCCAUUACGAGGAGCGUUCUUCUCAUUUGAGUAGUGGGAGGAAUGAACCGAAUGUUCGUGGUGGGUUGAGAAAGAAUGGGAGGGGGAGGAGGUAUUUGCCGGAGGAUGUUGAUCGGUCCCAUGACGGGGAGCAUUCUUCCCAUUUUAGUAGUGGGAGGAAUGAUUUAAAUGUUCAUGGUGGAUUGAGAAAGAAUGGGAACGGGAGGAGGUAUUUGUCAGAGGAUGCUGAUCGGAACCAUGACGGGGAGCGUUCUUCUCAUUUGAGUAGUGGGAGGAAUGGAUUGAAUGUUCGUGGUGGAUUGAGAAAGAAUGAGAAUGGGAGGAGGUAUUUGUCGGGGGAUGUUGAUCGGUCCCAUGGUGGGGAGCGUUCUUCUCAUUUUAGUAGUGGGAGGAAUGGGUUGAAUGUUCGCGGUGGAUUGAGAAAGAAUGGGAAUGGGAGGAGGUAUUCGUUAGGGGAUGUUGAUCUGCCAGAUAAUGAAGAGCAUUAUUCUUCUUUGAAUUCUGGGAGGAAUGAAUUGGAUGUUGGUGCUAGUAUGCGGAAGCACAGGAAUGGAAGGAAUUUUAUUUCUAAGGGUGUUGAUGGGCCAGAUGGUGCAGAGCGAUCUUCUCCUUCUCAUGUGAGGAAUGGAGUGAGUUUUAAUGGCAAAUUUGGGAAUAAAGGGAGUGCGAGGGUUAUAUCCAAGGAUGGUCACACUGAUCGCUCUAAUGGAACUGGUGAUGUUAGAUCAAGAAGGAAGGAGAGUGGAAGGGGGUCUAUGUCAAAGGAUGUUAGUGGGCCUAAUGGGAUGUAUGCAGGAAGAGAUGGUUCUGUUAGAACACAAAGAGGGGGUAGUUCCGUUGCAGGCAGAAGUUAUGGAAAAUAUACUCAGAGGACUUCAAAAAAUGCUUCACAAAGGGUUAGAGAUGCAGAUUCUGAAGUUUAUGAUAUGGGUUUGCAACAAGAUGGAAGUUAUAAAUUCUUAGAGAGUGAGCAAUCUGACUCUACAGGUUGGUAA